AUGAGAAUCGACGGCGAAGAGUUGAUGCAUUACGCGUCGGAGAUGAUGUCUUCUUCGGCGGCGGAAGCAAUCGAAGCGUUGAAUCUCAAGGAAGCUUCGUCUUGGUGGUCAGACGUUAACGAGUCUCCGAUUUGGCAGGAUCGUAUCUUCCAUAUGCUCGCUAUUCUCUACGGACUCGUUUCCAUCGUCGCUGUGAUUCAACUUGUGAGAAUACAAUUGAGAGUUCCUGAAUAUGGAUGGACUACGCAAAAGGUCUUUCACUUUCUCAAUUUCGUUGUGAAUGGAGUCCGAGCUGUGGUUUUUUUCUUCAGGCGUGAUGUGCAGAAUAUUCAUCCAGAGAUUCUGCAACAUAUCUUGCUUGAUAUUCCAAGUCUUGCUUUCUUCACUACCUAUGCUCUUCUGGUUCUCUUCUGGGCUGAGAUUUACUAUCAGGCGCGUGCGGUCUCCACUGAUGGAUUGAGGCCAGGUUUCUUUACAAUUAAUGCUGUUGUAUAUGUAGUUCAGAUUGCUCUUUGGUUGGUUUUGUGGUGGAAGCCUGUUCGAAUUAUGGUAAUCCUAUCAAAGAUGUUCUUUGCAGGUGCUUCGUUGUUCGCGGCCCUUGGAUUUUUACUUUACGGUGGAAGGCUUUUCCUAAUGUUGCAACGGUUCCCAGUAGAAUCUAAAGGGCGGCGCAAGAAGCUUCAAGAGGUUGGUUAUGUGACAACCAUAUGCUUUACGUGUUUCCUCAUCCGAUGUAUCAUGAUGUGCUUUGCUGCUUUCGACGAGGGAGCAAACCUUGAUGUGUUGGAUCAUCCCAUCCUUAACUUCAUAUAUUACCUGUUGGUAGAGAUAUUACCUUCUUCUCUGGUACUCUUCAUCUUGAGAAAACUACCACCAAAACGAGGCAUCACACAAUACCAUCAGAUACGCUGA